AUGACAGAGAAACGUUGUGGUGCUGCUGCGUUUGUUUAUGAUGGAAACAUCUUUGUAACCGGUGGAUCAAAUGGGAAGAAAUGUUCUAAUAGUGUGGAAAGUCUGAAUGUUGAACGUUCUGGGUGGAUAAAGACUAAAAUUGAAAUGCCAAAACCAUGUAAAGGGCAUAAAGUAAUUUAUUGGAAUGAGAAAAUUGUUAUGACCGGUGGACUAAACAGAAUGAGACCUCCAGAAGUAUCGAACGAGAUUCACGCCAUUUCAGUAAAAAAUCCGCACAAAACAUACUUUUUGACAUUUAUGCUACAGCGACUAUACUGUCAUGGCUUGCUUAUCAUGGAUGAUCAGGUUUUGGUUUUUGGUGGAAGGACAUCGAAUCAAAAUGAAGACAUUGAAGACAGUGUUUUUUCUUACAAUCUGACUUAUGACACAUCCCAAAACCUCAAAUCACUUCCGUAUGCUGUUAGUAACAUGGCUCUUGUAAGGUAUGGAGAUAAGGCAAUCUUGAUUGGAGGUAUUAAUGAUGCAGGUGAAGUAUUAGAAGAUGUCCUGAUGUAUGAUUUGAAAACAGAAGAAUAUGAAAGUCUUCCAUCUCUCAAUCGUAAAAGAUAUGGAUGCGCAGCUGUUAUCGAUGAAAAUGUUAUUGUUGUAGUUGGCGGAAAGAAUGAGGAAGAAUAUCUUGAUUCUGUUGAAUAUUUUGAUCUGAGAGAGAAAGUGCGGAAAGACCUACCUCCAAUGAAGACCAAACGAUUUCUACCUACUGCAUUACUAUUACCCAAGCUUUAA